AUGUGGUGCGAUUCAGAGGCAGCGGAGGUGCGGCGGGACCCCUCGGUGUCUGGAGCCCAGUCUGGAGGUGGCCGGGUUAGCGAUGGGAUCCGCAGACGCUGCCUGGUCGACUGAGUCCCUCCAGCUGUGUUUUUUCUGUUGCACACCUGCGGUCUCUGGUGUCUCUGGCUCAGGCACGAGAUCGAUAUAUUUUUCAAUGGGAACGCGGAGCAGACAAGAAAAUUGAUGUAACCGGAUCACAGAUACCGUAGCCUUUAUGUUCUUCACCAUUCUUCCGUGUUGGAUGUUCAUCCAGAAGGAAUAUACAUCUCAGGUGGGACUGACACCUUGAAGCAUGUCUACAGACACUACCCCCGCCUCUUUCCACCCGCGGUCUUGAUAUUCCAAUGGUUUGAUUUUUCACUGCGAAAACUAUUUCCCCAAUAUAAUUCGGCUGACGAUAGACAAGGAAUCGUGCUGUUGAACCAAAGUUAGAAGUUAAACGUGAACACAUAUUUUUUCUUUUGAUUCACCAGCUUGAAAGCAUGAUUGAGAAUGUCAUCGCUCAAAAUCUAAUCGAGGUAAAACACACAAACUGGGGCUGCGCAGCACAGUGCGAACAUGGACAAAGUCAAGCAACGUAACUGGAGGCGAUCGACACGGUGUCAAGGAACUGACAGAGAGUAUGGAUCGGCAGAAAGAGAGAAUUGAAUGCUGUAUCGGAGAGAGUCACUUCCACUGAACGUGCUUUGACUGGGGGUUUUACUAAGAGGAAGGAACCAGCCAGUAUAAGCGCAAGUAAGAGAACUCGAACACCUAUUUUAAUAUGUAGGAAGGAACUGCGGAUGCUGGGCUCCACCGAAGGUAGACACAAAAAGCUGAAGUAACUCAGCGGGACAGGCAGCGUCUCUGGAGAGAAGGAAUGAGCGGCGUUUCGGGUCGAGACCCUUCUUCAGACCUAUUUUAAUGUUCCUGCACUGUAUCCUGCCGAGAAGAAAUUUCGAAACAAAAUCGCAGGGGUUUGUGACUUGGAAAUUCAGAGCAGUUUCGAGCUGAGACCAUGGAGGAGCGGACGCCGGGUUCGGAGAGCUGGCUGGACGGAGCGGAGAACCUCACUACCCGGGAGAUGCUGCUGGAGGAACUGGGGAACCUGUCGGCGCAGUUUCAGGGCAUCCAGCUCAUCCAGUCCUUCAAACCCCUCAUCAUCCCCUGCUACGCCCUGGUGGUCUUCAUCGGCAUCUUCGGCAACUACUUACUCAUCUACGUGAUCUGCAAGACCAAGAGAAUGCACAACAUCACCAACUUCCUACUGGGCAACCUGGCCUUCUCCGACAUGCUGAUGUGCGCCACUUGUGUGCCCUUCACCCUGGCUUAUGCCUUCGAGCCGCGGGGUUGGAUCUACGGCCGCUUCCUCUGCUACUUCGUGUUCCUGAUGCAGCCGGUCACAGUGUGCGUGUCGGUCUUCACUCUGACUGUGAUAGCCGUGGACCGUUACCGUGCCACGGUGUACCCUCUAAAGAGGAGGCUCGCCAUCCCCAGCUGCGCCUACCUGCUGGGGGCUAUCUGGCUGCUCGCUUGCCUGCUCGCCGCCCCGGCCUUGGUCCACACUUACUAUGUGGAGUUCCCCCACCAGGGACUCACCAUCUGCGAGGAAUUCUGGAUGGGGAUGGGAAGGCGCCGCCUCCUGUACGCUUACAGCACCCUGGCCGUCACCUAUCUGCUGCCCUUCACGCUUAUCUCGCUGUCCUACCUGCGUAUCUCGGUCAAGCUGAAGAACCGUGUGGUCCCCGGUAACACCACCCAGAGUCAAGCCGAGUGGGACCGGACGAGGCGCAGGAAGACUUUCCGUCUGCUAGUGCUGGUGGUGGCCGUGUUCGGUCUGUGCUGGCUCCCUCUGCACCUCUUCAACCUGAUCAAAGACAUGGACAUCAACCUGAUCGACAAGCAGUACUUCAACCUGAUCCAGUUGCUAUGCCACUGGCUGGCGAUGAGCUCCGCCUGUUACAACGCCUUCAUCUACGCCUGGCUCCACGACAGUUUCAGAGGGGAACUCAAGAAGAUGUUCUGCUGGCGGAACCACAAGGUGGCUCCGACGGUUCACUGCGUGAUGGCCAGUGAGGUCUUGUAAAUAAACCCAGCGCUCGGCUCGACGAUCAACUAAAAGCGCUGGAAACACUCAGAGGGCCAGGCAGCAUCUGUAGAAAGAGAAAGAGAGAGAGAGAGAAACUGCUGUGAUUUUGAGCUGCCGCUCCCUCACAACGCUAGAGACCAGGGUUCGAUCCGGACUUUAAACUAGAGAUAGAGAGGUAAUAGGCCCUUCGUCACCGAAUUUCCCCGUACACUAACACUAUCCUCCACUAGGGACAUUUUUUUACCGAAGCCAAUUAACCGACAAACAUACAGUGUGGGAAGAAACCAGAGUACCAGGAGGAAACCCAUGCGGUCACAGAGAGAACGAACAGACCUUGUACAGACAGUACCCAUAGUCAGGAUCGAACCCGGGUCUCUGGCACUGUGCCUGAACUCGGGUUAUAUCGAUGUCGAGUUUUCACGUUCUCACUGUGUCCGCGUGGGUUUCCUCCGGGUGCGACGGUUACCUCCCCAUCCCAAAGACGUGUAAAUUGUAAGUUACUUGGCCUCUGUAAAUCGCCUCGAGUGGGUAGGGGGAGGAUGAGAAUCUGGGAUAAUAUUGAACGGGUGAUGGGUGGUCGGCGUGGACUCGGUGGGCCGAAGGGCCUCUUUCCGUGCUGUAUCUCGAAAACUAAACACAACUCAGUUGGUCAGUCUGAGGAAGAGUCCCGUCGUCAAUCGUCUCUUUCCCUCAACAGUGACAGAUGCCGCUUGACCCGCUGAGUUCCUACAACUUGUGUGUGGAAAGGGACACUGAUGGACAUUUCAAGUUCUCCAGGACACUUCUCCGGGAUGUCUAUCUCUGCUUCUCCUUCCACAGAUCCCGAAUAUUGCCAUCAAUUUUCAUCUUUUAUUUCGGGAUAGGGUUUCCUCGUGUUUCCCGUGCAUCCUCUCCGUCGUGUGCUUGUGUGUGUGUGUACACAUAUCGACGUGGCACAUCAGUCUGUGGAAGGGCCGGGGAAGGGCCGCAAGAUCACGAGAUAAAUGUCGUAAUAUUGAGCGUGGUGGGGGAAGCAUAGAAACAUAUAAUAACAUAUAAAAUUCUUAAGGGAUUGGACAGGCUAGAUGCAGGAGAAAUGUUCCCGAUGUUGGGGGAGUCCAGAACUAGGGGUCACAGUUUAAGAAUAAGGGGUAGGUAGGCCAUUUAGUACUGAGAUGGGGGAAAACUUUUUCACCCAGAGUUGUGAAUCUGGAAUUCUCUGCCACAGAAGGCAGUGGGGGCCAAUGCACUGGAUGUUUUCAAGAGAUAGUUCGAUUUAGCCCUUGGGGGCCAAAGGAAUCAAUGGAUAUUGGUACGGCGUACUGAUUUUAGAUGAUCAGCCAUGAUCAUAUUGAAUGGCGGCGCUGGUUCGAAGGGCCGAAUGUUUCUAUGUUCUAUGGAGCAGUCUUCACCGUUUGAAACCCCAAGAGUACCCUUCCUACUCGUUUGGGUCCAACUCUCGGCUUUAAAAAAAUAACUCAAACAAAGAUUGUGAAUACAGUAUCUCCGCGUUGUCAUGUCCCAGAUUUUGUGGUGUGCGUUCUAGAUUCACAGCAGCCGUUGCAAUUCUUGAAGGGAAAGUAAACAGUGUAAAACACAAUUUGUAUUUAUAAACCGCGAACAAAAAUCUGUUAUAAAAGUAUUAAACUUCUUUUGUGAACUGCAGGGCGGUGUAAGUAUUAAUUUCGUCGAUUUUUAUUAUAUAACAUAGUUCAUCAGCGGAGCUGUUAUGGUUUCAGUCGGAGCUACAGUGGAACUUGUUAUAUAUCAAGAUUGAUUCACUCAUAGACGAGUUUCAGCGCGACCCGACCCCACUUGACGC